GCCAUGUUAGAACCGUGUCUGUGGCACCUUAUCUUUUCAAACUAUCCUAAGGUGAAAGUGCAACACUGGUUCAACCAUGGCUGAAACACAUACGAAAAUGGCCUACACAAUUCUCACAUCUCCGAUGCUACCCUUCAUUCCAAAGGCAAUGAACUCCUUAAAAACCGAUCGUUUUGCCAUCGUCGCAGCCGUUAAAGCUUUAAAACUCCGCAAUUAUCAAAGAGCUUCCCACGUUUCCUGUGCUUCAAGAAGAAGAAUUAGAUACGAGCAAGACGAUGAUGAAGACGAAGGAGAGAAUGAGUACAAUGAAGAGAUCGCGAUACUUGAGGUUUACAGCCAAUCUGCUAGAGAAGAAGCUCUUAUCGUCCAUGCACUCGUGGAUGAACAGCAAGUUGAAGUUCUGAUUUUCAAGGGGUUUUCUUCAUGUUUGAGCUAUGAGACUUCACCAGAUCCAUCGAAAAGUGUGAUUCCUAGAAGAGCAGUUAUCAAUUCCAUUGAUAGAAUCAAAGGUCCUUUUGAUCCUUCCAACAUUCAAUACAUUGAAAAGGGUCUCCAAUGGGAAUCUUUCAAGGCCCGCUUAGCUUCUACCUAGCACCAAGGUCAGUUCCAUGAGGGAGAAAUACAUUGAGAAAAUUGAAAAUCGCUCCGAAUCAUC